AAGGAGGAGAAGGAAAAGGAGAAAGAGAAACAGGAGAAAGAAAAGAAGGCCAAAGAGGAGGCGGCCAAGGAGAUCAAAGUCUUUGAUCCAGCAGGAAACACCUACUACCACUGGCUCUUCAUCAUCACCAUCCCCGUCAUGUACAACUGGACCCUCAUCAUCGCCAGAGCCUGCUUUGAGGAGCUGCAGACAGAUUAUUUGUUCCUGUGGUACUUCCUGGACUUUGUCUCUGAUGUGGUCUAUGUCCUGGACAUGGUCUUCAGGACCAGGACUGGUUACCUGGAGCAGGGUCUGCUGGUGAAGGAUGAGCUGAAGCUACGGGARCGCUACAUGAACACCUUCCAGUUUAAGCUGGACCUGGUCUCCAUGAUUCCCACUGAUGUCCUCUACCUGAUUCUGGGGACCACCUACCCCGAGAUCCGCCUGAACAAACUGCUGAGGUUCAACAGGAUGAUGGAGUUCUUCCAGAGAACCGAGACCAGAACUAACUACCCCAACGCCCUUCGUAUCUCCAACCUGGUCAUGUACAUCAUCAUCAUCAUCCACUGGAACGCCUGCCUCUACUACUCCUUCUCCAAGGCCAUCGGUUUUGGUGCCGACAGGUUCGUGUACCCUGACCCGGCAGAUCCAGAGUUUGGUCGUCUGGUGAGGAAGUACGCCUACAGCAUGUACUGGUCCACGCUGACACUCACCACCAUCGGGGAAACCCCRCCCCCUGUGGAGAACUCAGAGUACUUCUUUGUUGUGACGGACUUCCUGGUGGGCGUUCUGAUMUUUGCCACCAUCGUUGGUAACGUGGGCUCCAUGAUCACCAACAUGAACGCUGCCAGAGCYGACUUCCAGUCUCGCAUUGACGCCAUCAAACAGUACAUGAGCUUCAGGAAGGUCACAAAGGACCUGGAGAAGCGAGUCAUCAAGUGGUUUGACUUCCUGUGGACCAAUAAGAAAGCAGUGGAUGAGAGGGAGGUGCUGAAGUACCUGCCUGACAAGCUGAGAGCCGAGAUCGCCAUCAACGUUCACCUGGACACUCUGAAGAAGGUCCGGAUCUUUGCGGACUGCGAGGCUGGCCUGCUGGUGGAGCUGGUGCUGAAGCUGCAGCCUCAGGUCUUCAGUCCAGGAGACUACAUCUGCAAGAAGGGCGACAUCGGCAGGGAGAUGUACAUCAUCAAGGAGGGGAAGCUGGCCGUGGUCGCUGACGAUGGCGUCACGCAGUUCGUCGUUCUCAGCGAGGGAAGCUACUUCGGUGAGAUCAGCAUCCUGGCCAUCAAAGGCAGUAAGGCAGGAAACAGGAGGACAGCRAACAUCAGGAGCAUCGGGUACUCGGACCUGUUCUGUCUGUCCAAAGACGACCUGAUGGAGGCGCUGACGGAGUACCCUGACGCUAAAGCUCUGCUGGAGGAGAAGGGGAGGCAGAUCCUGAUGAAGGACGGGCUGCUGGACCUGGAGGUGGCAGCACAGGGCCCGGACCCCAAGGAGAUGGAGGAGAAGGUGGACCGGAUGACGGGUAAUCUGGACUCCCUGCAGACCCAGUACGCCCGGCUGCUGGCAGAACAUGAAGCCACUCACAGCAAACUCAAACACAGAGUCACACGGCUGGAGAGGAAGAUGGCCCCGCCCCCACAGGCCCCGCCCCCUUCCACUCCUGAGACUCAAACCACCAAAGGAGAGGAGAAGAAGUAAGAAGAGGAGAACUCAAAUUUAUAUAAUAAUAAUAAUAAAAAAAAUCUGCAGAUAAAUAAAAUCCAGCUGAUGAGGCGUUUAGGGACCGUCGGUAAACUGAAGGAAAGGGUUUUAAUCUACUCUUAGUUGUUUUUCUUCUGUGAGCUGUAAAACUUUCACAUUAGUUUUAGUAACUAGAAGAAUAUUUGAUUCUGAGGUUUGAUGGAUAAACGUUUUAACUUGUUCUCUUUAGUUGUUAUUUCCCUGACAGAAACAUGAACUCACUUCACGUCCUGUAAUAACCUGUUCUUCUGGAAUUUAACGGAUGUUUUUUAAAUAAGCUGAGCCAAAAAUCUGCAUCUAAAUGAUAGAAGAACUGAGCUGAAAUAAAGACAUUUUAUAAGAAAAACACAA